CGGGGCCGGCUGGUCCCGUGUCUGUGGUGGGCGGGGGAGAGACCGCGGCCCCUCAUGCCCCCCCUCUCAGGGAAAUCCGGGGGGCUGGAGGCUGGCACUGCUCCGACAGGGAUGUGCGCCGGGGAGUGUUUUUUAUAUUUAGCAACUGUUCAUUUCGGCUUAACCCAAUUCAGCAACAGUGCCAGGUGUGAGAGCGCUGGCUGGAAUGGUGGAGGAGAUAGAACAGCUAAGCCGCAGAACACCGAGAGGCUGGGCUCCGUAACUGAUGGUGUCAGGAAUCAAGCAGCGAAGAUUUGGAAUUGGGAAAGCAGCCAUAGAGCUGUUGUAAAAGUCCUAAAGACGACCUGCUGCCAAAUUAAAGUGAGUGGUCCACUGAGGAACCCCAACAUGUCCAGGAGAGAAGGGAGCUGGCAGUGAAGCAGAAAGCAUAUUAUUCUCCCUUAAAUGUUGUAAAGUGUCUCCUAAAGAAAGCCUCCAGUAUGGGUGAUGACAUAAAGUUUCGCCAGCAGCUUCUAGUCAUCGAUGAAAACCUGGGAACUGAAGAAGUGGAGGCCCUGAAAUUUCUCUGUAGUGACUUGCUCUCCUUCAAAAACCUGGAAGCUGUAGAAUCAGCUCAGGACAUCUUCCAGCUCCUCAUGGCUAAGGAUUUGCUGAAUAAGGAAGAUACUUUCAUACUAGCUGAGCUUUUGUACAGGAUUAGGUGUCACUUCCUGCUCCAGAAACUUGGCUACACCAAGGAAACCGUGCAAGAAAAUCUACCCUGGAAAGGGAAGGUAUCUCGGUACAGGCAGAUGCUGUAUGAACUGUCAGAGGACAUCACCAGUGAGGAUUUAAAAAGAGCCAUGUUCCUCUUGAGGGACCAGCUCCCAAAGAAGCUGACAAAUAUGUCCAGUCUAGAGCUGCUGACCUUUCUGGAAAAACAAGACCAUUUAGCACAGAACAACCUGCAAAUACUGGAGAAAAUCUGUAUGGACAUUUCACCUGAUCUCCUGAAAACAGUAAACAAAUACAAAAUGGAAAGAGCUCAGCAGGAAAGCAGUCUGCCAGUCAAAGAAACUGCAUCAUUUUCCCAUCACAUCUCUGAAGGACUGUUUCAUUCUGGAGGUGGUGUCAGGCUAUUGACUUCCUCACAGGAGACCCCUAUCAAAUCUCUGGGUUCUAAUAUUUAUGACUCUGGGAGCCUGCGGGAACAUGCUGGGAGUGUGCAUUUCAUAGCUGCCAGACAAGAUGACAAAGCAGUAAAUGUUAUGCAAGGCAUCUCUGAACUAAGCCAGGAACAACCUGCGAGAAUCAGCAACCCAGAAAGCAAAACAGAGAAGCUGAAGACCUAUAAAAUGGAUGGGCCACACAGAGGCUAUUGCCUCAUUAUUAAUAAUUUUAGCUUUACUGGGACUCUUCAGAAGAGGAGAGGAUCUAAUAAAGAUGCUGAGAUGCUGGCGCAAGUGUUUACAUGGCUUGGUCUGGAUGUGAAGACUUAUACUGAUAAGACAUCAGUAGAAAUAAAAAAUCUCAUGCAGGAAUGGCGGUCUUCGAAAGAUCACAGAGACAGGGACUGCUUUGUGUGCUGUAUUCUAUCUCACGGAGAGUCGGGAUUGGUCUAUGGGAUAGAUGAACAAGAAGUAACAAUCCGCACUAUCAUGUCCUACUUCACAGCCAGACAAUGCCCACAGCUGGCUGAAAAACCCAAACUCUUUUUUAUCCAGGCAUGUCAAGGCAAAGAGAUACAACAGGCUGUCUACAUUGAAGCAGAUGCACAGAAUCCUGACUUGCUUCCCAUACAGCAACUAGUCCUCCCUUCCGAAAGCAUUCCGGAAGAAGCUGAUUUCCUCCUUGGCAUGGCCACAGUGGGUGGUUAUGCAUCUUUCCGCCACGUACAGCAUGGUACUUGGUACAUUCAAGCCCUCUGCAAUAAGUUACAGCUCUUGGUACCAAGAAAAGAGAGAAAAUGUGCUGUGGAUAAACUACGGCAUCAGAGGGUCUUUUGGUCCCAAUUUUACGCACAUACAAGAGACAAGAUGUCAGAGAGAAUAGGUGAAGACAUCUUGUCAAUUCUUACUGAAGUCAAUGAAGAUGUGAGCAAACGUGCAGACAACUUGGGGAAAAAGAAACAGAUGCCCCAGCCAGCCUACACCUUGAGGAAGAAACUGAUAUUCCCAGUGCCUAGAAGUCCACCCCCAUCACAGCAGCAAUAGAAUUUUUUGUUUCUUUUCAUUCACGAUCCCAUCUUGCGUUCGAUACCAUCCAGUACAGCCCUUGGAUAAGCCAGCGCUCUUCUUAUUAAAUCAGGUGGAUGGUAAAUGAUUACCAUCCAGGAUGAGGUCUUCCUGAAAUUGCUAACACAUGGAGCUAAAGGAGAGUACGAUGGGCCAACUGCUCACAAUGUCUGUUUGCGGAAAUGAUUGGUGGCGGUGGUGGUGGGGUUUGCUGGCAAUGUGAAUAUAUACAGAUUUUUGCAAGCACUUGUAGGUUUCUGCAGGUGAAAUAGGUGCUGCAUCCAUUACUGUGGACACAAUAGGUGCACAUGGCUUUCCAUAUCUACACCAGAGGGGUGUUAAUGGUCUACUUUAAGCCCAUUGUUCUUUUCUCUGUACAUUAAUGAUUUGGAAUCCUGCCAGUGAGCUCUCUUAUCCUGUGGAAUAGUCUCCCAAAUCAGAAUGAACAAGACAUCAGCAAAUGUAGUGUAGGGAGCUAAUCCUACAAUGGCAGGUGGACACUGGUCUAUUCCCUCUCAAAUUUAAAUGACUUACACUCUUUGUGGAGCCACUAGAUUCCUCAUGUAAAGCAUUUAUUAAUCCCACAGUGCAUGCUGUUGCCUUAAAACUGGAUGUUAAUUUGGUAUGUGGUUGGUUUAGCAUUCCUUGUCCAACAUCAAAUAGUUCCAGAAGCACAAAAUCUGUAUUAUUGCCUCCUGUAGGAAACCAGCUUUCUCAUUGCCUUAUCGUGGUUAUGGUUCGACAUGAAAGAGCUGCUGAUUAUCAUUUAUCUGUCAGAUGGGGCAUCUAACACUGCUGUGGACACAACAGGUUUUGGUUAGCUUUGUUUUUAAGCACAAAGGUCUACAGGGAUUAAUUUCUCCAUUAUUUAAAAAGACCACCACAAAUGUGGACAUAUGAGAAAUGGGUGAGAGCUAGGCUGGAACAAAACUCCUGUCUUUGGGGUCAGGGUGACUAUAUCCCCUGUUCCAAUGAGAGUAGACUAGAGCCUGUGUAAAAUCCACCUUGCAGGACUGUCCUGUGAGAUUAGAAGUGAAAUUCAGUGUAUAGUAGUAAAAUCUUCAGUGGUGCAUCUCUUACCUGCAGGUCUUCUUACUUUAUUGUUUCUUGUCCAGGGGUGUUAGUGUCCUCAUGUGGUGACUAGGGUGUAUGGCAACAUAAAUGGAAAUUUAAUUGGCAAAAAUUCCACUUGUUGUUAAAACACCAACUUACAUUUCUAUAGCUGCUUCCAUUUCAAAGUGCUUUGCCAACACUAUCCAUGCAGAGCUAGCUCCAUCAACAAAAUACAGCCACCUCUGGUUUAGAAGGCAGCAGCCAGCUUUGAAUAGCAGUAGGAUGGGUUUUGGGGAGAGGGAAACUUUUGGCCAAGAAGAACAGGGCAAUUCCCUAGUUCCACAAAACAUGCAGUGGGAUUUUUAGCAUGUACAUACAGCAGACAAAGCCUCAAUAUUUUUUAGGGUUUCAAUCUGAGACUCCUCCUAUACAAUAAACUGCAUAAAACUCAUCUACCUCAAAGGCAAGUAAGGUCAAUUGGACCCUGCUGGGAUAUGAAUCUGUGGUUUCAGAAAUGCUAGCUAUUUCAAACUUCAUGCUCAGAUAAAUCAUCCACUCCUGCAUGUAUAAUAAAAUGCUGCUAUUUUAAUAAAAGCUGGUAACAUUUA